AUGCCCUCUCGACACAUCUUGGCACUCAUUGCUCCUGCUUGGGGUCAUACGCUCCCUUAUAUCCACCUGACGACUCGCAUGUUGGCAUUGGAUCCGGACUUGGUGGUGACGAUUGUGCAGCACCAAAACUUCGUCCCCAGGAUGCUCAAAGAGUUUGGCUCGUGUUCGUAUGACACGAACAGGCUGAAGAUUGAGGGUGUAGGCGAUAAGGACUUAUCACCUUCGCCGACGAACAUCGAAGCGAGUCUGACACAGCUCACAGCUGGAUGGCUCGGAAUCUUAGCCAAAGCGGUCAUCGGAGGGUCCACUUGGCCCAAGCCUAACACGCUGCAUAUGGACUUUUUUGGAGGGGGAUUUAUCAUCGAGGAAUCAAAGGCCUUGUUGGGACCGGAAGGAAAGGUCUUGCUCUGGUGCUCUACCGGAGUCGCGAUCUGUGUGGCUGAGAUCAGUCAACUUGACUUCGCCAAGACUGCGGGAGAGAUACACGCUGACGAAUCCAAACAAGCGGGCAGAACAAUCGAGGAGAUACUUGGCGACGUCGUGUGCGCCUCGAACGGCAGUGACAAGCUCGAUGGGCGUGUAAUCGAGCUUUUCGGUGGAGUGAGAAUAUACGAUUAUGAGCGAGUGGCACAGGGCGCGGGAUCAUUGCGCCCAUUCGCUGCUGUUUUGACAUCUGCGCAGCGGUUAGCUCAGUUGGCCGACGGGAUUUUCUGUCCCACGAGCAGCCCUUUGGAGCCCACAGCAGUUGCCUUUGCUCGCGAGUAUUACAAGCAGCGUGGACAAGAACUGUUCCUCGUCGGCCCUCAGAUGCACGAUGAUGAGUGGGAGGCGAUGUCGGCAGGUCCCGGACCUAGCGAGGAGAAAGUGAAGACGUUCUUAGACGAUUCGCGCAAAACAUAUGGGCCCAAAUCCGUUUUGUACAUCUCUUUCGGCUCCAUGUUUUUCCCCCUGGCGACCCCUCAUCUCGUUGAGGUGAUGAUCGACGUGCUUCUGAGUCUAGAGACUGUGAUCCCGUUCGUAUUUGUGCUGGCCGGAGCGAUGGCGUCCUUGCCAAAAGAGACCAUCGACCGCAUUCAUGCCAGUGGCAGAGGAAUUGUAUGCGCCCACUGGGUUGAUCAGAAAGCUAUCCUGAAGGGCGGCUCAAUCGGAUGGUUUUUGACUCAUGGGGGCUACAACUCGUUGACGGAAGGGUUGAGUCAAGGCAUUCCACUGAUUUUUUGGCCGAUCGGAGCAGAGCAAGCACUCAAUGCAGCGAUGCUUUCGACAGGUCCACGUCCCAUCGGGAUCGAGCUUUUCCAGAUCCGAGCCGGUGAUCAACUGGGUCCCUCUCUUCGCCCGGACGCCCCGAAAAUCACAGGAACAGUGGAGGACGCAAAGAAUGAGUUCCAACAGGCAUUCAUUGACCUCAAAGGAUCGAGAGGUGAAAUUCUUGGAAAGAAUGCUGUCCGCAUCGGAGAGUUGUGGCGUGCGGAGAGAAUCAACGGAGAACCCGUUCAGGAGAUCGCAAGACUCACUAGAUUCUGA